GGUUCAUCUUGCCUCGUUAGCUACGAAUCCGUAGCUCAAUUGUCGCUGAUAAAAAUGAAACUGUUCCAGUGCGAGCGUUGGUAGUCGCGGAUCAUCGUCACCUUGAGCACCAUCAGCACCAUCCAGCUUGCAGUAAUCUUUCGCAUACGCGCAUGAACUAGGGAAUCCCCUUCGCCAUUCCGCAAUGGUUUCGAUCUUGCGGGGAUUUUUACCACUGAUUGCAGUCUUCUGUGCGAUUGGCGAGGUGCGUAAAACGAACGCUCUGGAUACGGUUCCACUGGAGUGUGGAGAACGCAAAGUGAAAACCAUAUACCUGGUGCAGCAUGGUACCGAAACGAAGGAGGGCCACUGGCCGUGGCACACGGCCAUCUACCAUCGGGAGCAAACCAACUUCGAGUACGUGUGCGGUGGUUCGAUCCUGGAUAGAAACACGAUCCUUACCGCGGCACACUGUCUGUACACCUCCCGCGGACUGAUCAAGCUGGACCAGCUGUCCGUGCAGGUUGGGCGCAAUCAGCUGUCGGAAGCAAGCGUCCGCUCGCAGGAGCACCACCCCGAGCAGCUCAUCGUUCAUCCCGGCUUCAGCCCGAACAGCGUCACCGACGAUAUAGCGCUCAUCAAGCUCGCGACCGACAUUACGAUGACACGGUACGUUCAACCGGUCUGUCUCUGGAGCUUGGAACCGAACCUGGACCUGAUCGUGGGCCGCAACGGCACGGUCGUGGGCUUCGGGCUGACGGAGCACGAUCGGGUGUCGGACUAUCUGCGGCAGGCCGCCAUCGCUGUGGUCGAUUCCUGGACGUGCAUCGAGAGCGACCGGCAGGUGUAUGGUGUUACCCUAACAGCGAACAUGUACUGUGGCGGAGGUAAGACCGGUGUGAGCGUGUGCAACGGGGACAGCGGAGGGGGAAUGUUUUUCGAGCAUGGCGAUACGUGGUACGUCCGGGGGGUGGUGUCCUUUAUGCCGCUGCGCGAAAACGUUGGCCUGUGCGACGGCACCAAGUACACCGUGUUCACCGAUGUGGCCAAGUACCGGGACUGGAUUGGGCAGAACGUGAACCCAACGCUCGCCUCCACCCGGCCCGAUCCACUGCUCGUGGACAACAGUCCUAAGCUGCGGAUGCUGAACUUCAAUACGUGUGGCAUCAGCCCGUACACGACCGGGGCGAACGAUAGCUUCCUUGCCUUUCCGUGGAUCGGUUUGGUGGAAAUAGUUGCUCCCGGGCAGGGAAAAACAAUGGCCGUGUGCCAUGUCACGCUGAUCAGCGAAUGGUACGCCGUCGGACCGGCCCACUGUUUCAGUAACGAUGGAAUGGAGCGUACGCUUCGGUUCGGUGAUUACGACAAGUCGACGGACAAGGACUGCAUCGAACGGAACGGCACGCUCGUGUGCGCUCCGCCCGUGCAAAUACUACCGAUCGAAAGGGUCAUCGUACGGCCGGAUUUCGAUCGCCAAGCCAUCACCGACGAUAUCGCGCUGAUCGAGCUACGGCGCCCGGCCAACAUCAGUCAGCCGAACGUGAAACCCAUCUGCCUGCCGGUCACCGUCGACCUGCGCAGCUACAAACCGACCAGCUUCACGCUCGGCGGUUUUCCGGCCCAGGGCAAUCGGGUCGUCGCCAGCCGGCCGACCUAUCUCAACUCCGUCAACUGCCAGGAGCGGUACAAUGCCAUCUACUACCCGCUGCGCAAGAGCCACACGCAGAUCUGUGCCGUCGCCGAGGUGUCCACCGCCAAUCGGACCGAACCGUGCGAACGGAUGCUCUCCGGCUCGGUGCUGCAAACGGUACAGCAGCUAGGCCGGCGGGAUCGAUACUUUCUACAGGGUUUGCUGUCGUUCGGUGCACGGGAGUGCGAUGCGACGGUGCCGGAUAUUUACACCAACGUGCCGAUUUACCUCGACUGGAUUUUGUACAACAUGCGCGAAUUUAAGCAGCAGCUGCCCGAUACAAGUGAGCAGCUUAUUUUUACGUCGUGAGACACGAAGGGACUGGAAUAUUUUUGAAUAAAAAGAAUAGAAAA